AUGGUCAUGGAUAACCAAUCACCUCUACUAACUCUAGUAAUUUUAAUCACCUUGAUUCUGACUUUCAUUCUAAACUCCUGGGCCCGAAAGCCCUCGAAGCUCCCUCCGGGUCCAUUUCCCUGGCCCAUCAUCGGAAACAUCCUCUCCCUUGGCCCGAAACCUCACCAGUCGCUUGCCAGGCUGGCCCAAAAACACGGACCCGUGAUGUCCCUCAAGCUCGGAGCCAUGACAACAGUCGUCAUAUCCUCGCCGGAGACCGCCCGAGUCGUGCUUCAGCAACACGACCUGACCUUUUCUAGCCGGAAGAUCCCUGCCACUGGCCGAACCUUAGGGCAAGACGAAUUCUCGAUUACAUGGCUCCCCGUGGGCGGGCUCUGGCGCAAGCUCCGCAAGAUAUGCAGGGAGCAGAUGUUCUCAAGCCCCCGGCUUGACGCAAGCGCCGGCUUGAGGAGGGAGAAACUGGGCCAGCUCCACGAUUUUGUGGCGUUGUGUUGCGAUUCGGGCCGGGCCGUGGACGUGGGGGAGGUCGCGUUCGUCACGUCCUUGAACCUCAUGUCGGCCACGCUUUUCUCGAAGGAGUUCGCUGGGUUCGGGUCGGGCUCGUCGCAUGAGGUCAGGGAGCUUGUCACGGGCGCGAUGAGGUGCCUCGGGCGCUCGAAUCUUGUGGACUUUUUCCCAAUUUUGAAAUGGAUCGACCCGCAGGGGAUCCAGCGGGACGCAGAGUACUAUUACGGGAAACUGUUUGAGAUUUGUGAUGGAAUUGUUGAGAAGAGGAUUCGACAAUUUACGGGCGAAAAGGACGAUUUGCUCCAGGCGCUUGUUGAUCUUCAUCACAAGGGUGACAUGAGCAUAACUGAUAUUCGCAAUAUCCUACCGGAAUUGUUGGUUGCCGGCUCGGACACCACGUCCAGCACGGUGGAAUGGGCGAUGGCAGAGCUCCUACGCAACCCUUUGAAGCUAACGACACUGAGAAAUGAAAUCAACAGAGAAAUUGGUGCGCGGUUAGUCCAAGAAUCGGACAUCCCGCGCCUCCCUUACUUACGAGCCGUGGUCAAGGAGACUUUACGACUUCAUCCAAUCCUCCCUUUCUUGGUGCCACGUGAGGCAAACACCGAUGUCGAGGUAAACGGUUAUAUCGUCCCUAAGGGCGCGCAAGUCUUGGUCAACAUUUGGUCCACCGGCCGGGACCCCAACGUGUGGCCCAAGGCGGAUGUCUUCUGGCCCGAGCGAUUUUUGGGAGACUCUGAAGUCGACUUUAAAGGUAAAUAUUUCGAGUUGAUACCGUUUGGGUCAGGAAGGAGGAUGUGUCCUGGCAUGCCCCUUGCAAACCGGAUGUUGCACCUCAUGAUUGCAACGUUGGCGGGGAGUUUUGGGUGGCGGCUCGAGGGAGGGGUCCAGCCGGGAGAAUUGGAUAUGGACGAGAAGUUCGGGCUCUCAGUCGAGAAGGCCGAGCCUCUCAAGGCGGUCCCCGUGGACGUGAGGUCAUAA